GGAGCCCUAAGUCCUCCUCCUCCUCCUGGCGCUGGAAGAGGAUGUUGCGCCUGGCGGCCGAGGUGCUGCUCCUGCUGGGGCUGCUGCUGCUCACGCUCCACAUCACCGUCCUCAGGGGCAGCCCCCCGGAAACGCAGAGCCACGCGGGGAGGCACGCCGCGGGAAAGGACCCAGGCGCCGGCAGCAGCAGCAGCCACAGGCAACAGGACAUCCUCCAAACAGAUAGCCUUUCAUCUCCCGAAGCCACUUUCACAUUAAAUCCAGAGGACCGACAGCGUUAUCCUGACCACCAAGGAUUACAUAGAUCAUUUGCCAAACAGCGAUACAGGCAGGCAAAUGGGCAUACACCUUUGCAAAGAGAUGGGCCCAGAUCUUUCCUUUUGGAUCUCCCAAACUUUCCUGACCUCUCAAAAGCAGACAUCAAUGGGCAAAAUCCCAACAUUCAGGUGACCAUAGAGGUGGUUGAUGAAACAGACCCUGAAUCUGAGAAGGAUCUUCAAAAGGAAAGCAGCAAGCCCAGCUGGCCUGUCGCAUCACCAGACUGGAGGAGCUGGUGGCAGAGAUCAGCACCCACAAUCACCCGCAUGAGUAGUGGUGACCAGGAUUACAAGUAUGAUAGCACAACUGAAGACAGCAACUUCCUAAACCCCCUUAGUGGCGCAUGGGAUAGGCAUGCCCCUAGUCACCGGACAUUUGACUCAAAGGAACAGCCAGAAUAUGAUUAUGUAGAUGGUGAGGGAGACUGGAGUCCUUGGUCCAUUUGUAGUAUCACCUGUGGAAGUGGCAAUCAGAAGCGCACCAGAACCUGUGGAUAUGCCUGCACGGCCACUGAAUCUAGGACGUGUGACAGGCCAAACUGUCCAGGGAUCGAAGACACCUUCAGGACAGCAGCCACAGAAGUGAGUUUGCUUGCAGGGAGUGAGGAAUUCAAUGCUACAAAACUCUUUGAAGUCGAUACUGACAGCUGUGAAAGGUGGAUGAGCUGUAAAAGCGAAUUCUUGAAGAAGUAUAUGCACAAAGUGGUCAAUGACCUUCCUGCUUGUCCUUGCGCAUACCCCACAGAGGUAGCCUACAGCACUGCAGAUAUCUAUGACCGGCUGAAGCGGAAGAACUUUCGUUGGAAAGACGCAAGUGGGCCAAAGGAGAAACUGGAGAUCUAUAAGCCUACUGCUCGCUACUGUAUCCGGUCCAUGCUGUCCUUGGAGAGUACUACACUGGCAGCACAGCAUUGCUGCUAUGAUGACAGCAUGCAGCUUAUUACAAGGGGCAAAGGAGCGGGUACACCCAAUCUGAUCAGCAUAGAGUUCUCAGCAGAACUCCAUUACAAAGUGGACAUUUUGCCCUGGAUCAUCUGCAAAGGGGACUGGAGCAGAUACAAUGAGGUUCGUCCACCCAAUAAUGGCCAGAAAUGUACAGAAAAUCCUUCAGACGAGGAUUAUUACAGACAGUUUCAAGAAGCAAGGGAGUACUGAAGGGGAGGGGGGGAAUAAAGGAGCCAACCUCUUUCAGAACAUAGGUGGUUGGUUGACAGGACACAGAAUCAAAUAAACUCUUGGCAAAUGGAGUUUCUCCCCCUUCCCACUCAUUCUGUAUAGCUGUAUAUUAUACAUGUUUUUUUCAUAAGCUUGUGUUAUUUAUGUAUACAUAUACAAAUGGCAAACGGUGUAAACAGAUAUGAAAUUGUCUUGAUAGACAUUUAUACAGUGGCUUGCAUUCUGCACCAAUGUUUUAUCUUUAAAAACCAUGCGGAGUAAAGAACUCGGUUUUGAUAGUUUAUCUGUGGCAGUUGUUAAAUCUGACUCCCACUGCAUUUUGUACAGAAAGCCUAGUUUUUUGGUGGCUAAAAAAAUUACAACUCAAUGACUCGGAUCCUCUGAUGCAAACCUGCUCAUUUAGAAGGGACAUUUCCUAGUGGAAAGACUACCUGGUUGGAUUAUCACCUAAGUGUUAUGUGAUUUCAAGACUGCUUGUGAUGGUACUGGAUUCUUUGUUCAAGAGCGAAAACAAACUCUACUGCAGCAUGGACAGCAAAGCUACAUCAAACCAAAUUGUGCCUUUGUAGGAAGUCAGGUUUCAAUUUAUAUCAGAGACUCAUGUUUGUGAUUAAUUUCAGUGAGUCAAAAACAAUGGCAACAAUAAUUCGUAAUGAGUAAGAGUGCCUUUGACAUUUUAAAAGCCUAUUAUUCUAGAAAGUGCAGGAGCACCACCUGGAUAGUCUGGUUAAUCAUGGCCAAGGAGAAAAGAGAACAUUAGGAAACAAUUCCUUUACAUGAAUUACUUACUACAAAUGCAAUGGUGAAGCAUAAUUUCUUUACAGCUUUAUCAAUGAAAAUACUUAAGACAUAUUUAAGAAGGGAAGCAGGGGAACCUGUUAAGGGACAGAGCAGAACUGAUAACACUUGGUAAGGUGGAGGGCAGUAGGAAAAAAGGAAGACUGUAUUAAUCAAGAAAACCACAGCCCUGAGUCGGCAAGACCUGAGCAGGACUGCUGAUGAUGGGGUGACUU